CCAAAAACUUUAACAUCAGUGAGCGAAAAACAGUACCAAAGAAAGCAAAUCACUCCAAACACGCCGCUGUAGCUUCUCUUCUUUGGUUUUCGCAGAGCACCUCAAGGCUCAAUCUCUCUCCAACCUGCAAGAUUUUUUUGCGUAACACAAAAAUGGCUGCUCAUACUCUCACCUCAUCUUCUCUCUCCUCUAUCUCUUCUUCAUCGGAACUUCGCAAAUUCAAUAGUUAUGCUACUUUUCUUCAAUCUUUUAAAUCCAGCAAUUUACUCAGCUCUUUUAUUGGUAAUCAGCUCACAAUUCGGCAACCAAACCCUAAUUUUGUCGUCUUGAAGCGCCAAUCCACGAAUAUGACCGUCUCUUUCAGCUUACCAACUAGUAAGCGGGAGGGUGUUUCUGCUGAGAAAUUGCCAAAAUGGUCUGCAAGGGCUAUAAAGUCCUUCGCUAUGGGUGAACUGGAAGCACGAAAGCUUAAAUAUCCAAACACAGGGACCGAGGCGCUUCUGAUGGGGAUCUUGGUUGAGGGAACAAGUCAAGCAGCAAAAAUUUUGAGGGCUAAUGGCAUCACCCUCUUCAAGGUGCGAGAGGAAAUUGUUGAUUUGCUUGGAAAAUCUGAUAUGUACUACUUCAGUCCUGAGCAUCCUCCAUUGACUGAGCCAGCCCAAAAGGCUCUCGAUUGGGCUAUUGAUCAGAAACUGAAGUCAGGUGAAGAUGGAGAAGUAACUGUGUCUUAUUUGCUUCUUGGAAUCUGGGAACAAAAAGAGUCUGCUGCUCACCAGAUAAUGGUCGCACUUGGUUUCAACGAUGUGAAAGUAAAGGAGCUUUGGAAAUCUAUGGACAAAGACAUUGUUUGUAGUCAUAAGUAGGGUGUCGCAGAUAUUGAGAUCACCCUUUACCUCUUUCAUGCAAACUCGGCAGAGCUUUGUGAAAGCACAUGCAUUGUGUUCAGGAGGAUAUCUGAAACUACAUGCAUCUUUCCAGCUGAUAUAUUCGAAUUCAUCUGGGCAAACUGAAGUUGUAAUUCUUGUAGUGAUCGGUCAAGGUGUAUACAGAAGAGUUCCAUGGAGAAUGUGUCAAUCAUAUGUUCUUUGUGGUAUUUUUACAUCUAAAUUUACUUCUUUUUUCCUUUCAUUGUAUUCCUAUUUCUUUAGGCUAGAUUGUGCUAUGAAUUAACAUAGCUUGGACACAUUACUGGCAGAAAUUAAGGAAGAAA